UCUGGCAGACUUCAGCAACGUCUAAGCUUUGGAAAGGGCUGAAGUCUGUUUGGACUCAAUCACAAACUACCUCAUAGUCUGUUUGUUUACACAGGCAGCCCAAUUCUGACCCUUUGCCCCGCGUUGCUGGCAAAACGGCUGACCUGAUUGGUGAAAAGACCAAUUAGUUGGAAAAAGAUCAGAAUUUGGCAGCUACAGAUGAAUGAACAUGUAUGAAAUUGAAUAUGCGUUCAUCAAUUGUCUGUUUUUUUGUAAAUUGUUGAACUGAAUUUGGUCUUUCUUUUGUCGUCCAAUUCUCUCUCUGUUGUUCACCAUACGUCAACGGAUGACUGCACCUAAUCGCAUUUGGGAAAUUGAACCAAUGGAAAUGAAGGUCAUUGGCUGACAGCUGUACAUAAUUAGCCAGCCAGGUGAGAAGGGUCUGGGAUUCCUUUAUGAGGUGCAACCAAAACAGCUGUUUGACACAGCAACAGGGAUAUUCUGGCAGGCUGUCGAGAAUUAGUUCUUGAAUACUCUAGUGGUUUUGAUCACUAAUAUGGCUUUUGGACUCUCUUUGAGUGUUUCUUGGAUUUGUUGCCUGCUAAUUGGAGGGAUAACGUGUUUUACCCUUCAAGGUAACGCUCAUGGGCAUCCUGCCUACACUGGACCUGAACCAACUGGAUCAUAUGCCCAAGCAAGUGUGGUGUCUGGUCCAAAUGCUAAAGCUACUGGCCACGAUGCCACGUCAGCAGACGCUACUGGCCACAAUGCCACGUCAGCAGACGCUACUGGCCACAAUGUCACGUCAGCAGAAGCGUCAGGCCCCGGCGCCUCAGCAGAAGCGUCCGGCGCCUCAGCAGAAGCGUCCGGCCCCGGCGCCUCAGCAGAAGCUCCCGGCGCCUCAGCAGAAGCUUCAGGCCCCGGCGCCUCAGCAGAAGCUUCAGGCCCCGGCGCCUCAGCAGAAGCUUCAGGCCCCGGCGCCUCAGCAGAAGCUUCAGGCCCCGGCGCCUCAGCAGAAGCUUCAGGCCCCGGCUCCUCAGCAGAAGCUUCAGGCCCCGGCGCCUCAGCAGAAGCGUCCGGCGCCUCAGCAGAAGCUUCAGGCCCCGGCGCCUCAGCAGAAGCUUCAGGCCCCGGCGCCUCAGCAGAAGCUUCAGGCCCCGGCGCCUCAGCAGAAGCUUCAGGCCCCGGCGCCUCAGCAGAAGCUUCAGGCCCCGGCGCCUCAGCAGAAGCGUCAGGCCCCGGCGCCUCAGCAGAAGCGUCAGGCCCCGGCGCCUCAGCAGAAGCGUCAGGCCCCGGCGCCUCAGCAGAAGCUUCAGGCCCCGGCGCCUCAGCAGAAGCAACAAGCCUUGAACAGACGGCCCGACCACUCAACUAGGGAGAUCAUUAUUUGGUUUGGCCAACUCCUUAAUCGUCUUAUCCCUGUUACUGUGCCUAUUGCAGAAAAGGGUUAAGGUAACUGAGGUGGGGAAAUGUGCAAACUAAUGUGCUUGUUUGAAAUGAGGAUCUCAUUCACUUGUACAUCGUCAUGCAAAUUGUUUACAGGUUUGGACGAUACAAUGUUAUGAAUUGUUUUUAUAACCAUGCGACUAAAUUGACUUCUGAUGUAGUGAUAUUCCUGACACACUUUUAGGUUCUACGGUUAUGCUUUUGAUUUAGCCUGGUGUUCCUGCUACUCUUGCAUGAUUUGCUCAAUAAACCAUUUGACUUUCAAAAAA